GUGCAUGGAGUAGACACCAUGAGCAAAGCUCACCCUCCCGAGUUGAAAAAAUUUAUGGACAAGAAGUUGUCAUUGAAAUUAAAUGGUGGCAGACAUGUCCAAGGAAUAUUGUGGUCAUUUGAUCCCUUUAUGAAUCUUGUGAUAGAUGAAUGUGUGGAGAUGGCGACUGGUGGGCAACAGAACAAUAUUGGAAUGGUGGUAAUAGGAAAUAGUAUCAUCAUGUUAGAAGCCUUGGAACGAGUAUAAAUAAUGGCUGUUCAGCAGAGAAACCCAUGUCGU